UGGUUGAUGUUGCAGUGACAAUCUGACAAGUGACAAUGUAUUAACAGUCGCCAUAUUCGUGAUUAAGGAAGGUUUUUCUCCAAUAAGUUUAAUAUUUUUAUUCGAAUUAACCACACAAGGAAAUUUUCAAUAACAAUAUUGAACUGACAGUCAAUCGUCUUUUAACCAAGCUCUCAAAUAGUGUUAACUACAACACAAUGAAAAAAUACUCGGCGCACUUAACCAAAAAUAUUAAUUAAAAACAAUUACUUUUAAUAGGAAUAGUUUGAUGUGUACAUUAAUUAGUGAGUAUUUUCGAGCGGGCUUUGUAGUAUAAUGUUUUCUAUAACUUAAUUUACAAAGUGGGGUCCAAAUUUCAACAUGCAACACUUGUUAUAAAUUAAAUUAAUUAAAUAAUAUUUAUAUAGUAUGGCAAGCUCAUUUGAUCACGAGGAUAAAGAUUCCUGGUAUUUUGGAGCCAUAGGCCGACAUGAAGCUACCAAUUUACUUAUGGAUGAGCGAGAAGGGGGUGUUUUCCUUGUAAGAGACAGUGCAACUUGUGUAGGAGAUUAUGUUUUAUGUGUUAAAGAAGACAGUAAAGUUAGUCAUUAUAUAAUUAAUAAAACGCAGGCACAGGAUCAGUCCAGAUACAAAAUUGGGGAUAACUUUUUUAAAAAUAUACCAGAACUGCUUUCAUUCUAUAAAGUACAUUACUUAGAUACAACACCAUUAAUCAGACCAGCUAGCAAGAGGGUGGAAAAAGUUAUUGCUAAGUUUGACUUUGAUAGUUCGGAACGAGAUGAUCUUAGUUUUAAAAAGGGGGAUAUACUAACCAUAGUAUUUAAAGAUGAGGAACAAUGGUGGACAGCGAGAGACAAAAAUGGUAGAACUGGUUCAAUUCCAGUACCAUAUGUUCAAAAAAUAGAGGAAAAUCAUUCUCCAGUAGAAAUCCCUAGGCCUGGAUCUGGAGGUCCAGUUAGUAAUACUUCCCUACAAGCAGAAGCAGCAAAAAGAAACCAAAUGCAGCGAAAAUUACCGGCUAAAGCUCGAGUUAAGCAAGUGCGAAUUCCUAACGCUUACGAUGAAACCGCUUUAAAGUUAGAAAUAGGCGACGUUAUAACUGUUACGAAGACUAAUAUAAACGGGCAGUGGGAGGGGGAACUCAAUGGGAAAUCUGGAUAUUUCCCAUUCACGCAUGUUGAAUUUCUGGAUGAAGAAAAUGGAAGUUAGUCAGUCAUACUCUGGUUGUAAAAUUUUUUAAAUAUUUUUAGUCUAAGAGCUAGUGAACCCUCCGACUAACGGUCUUCCUGUAAGGCUAGAAAUUUGUAUAGUGAUAAUUCAUAGCACACCAAGGAUAAAAACCAUGACCUGGCAGGCAUCAGCCCUGCACGUGUAUCUACCAGGUGAAUCAAAAAGUACAUAGUUUAGGGGGUAAAAUAAACUUUCUCCUGUAAAGUUUAAAUUUAAGUAUGUGUUUAAGGAAGUCAUUUAGAAGAAAUGUGUACAAUGCAGAGGCGUGCGGUCCAUGGAAGCGGGGGAAGCGCCGUUUCCCUAUUUAUUUGUCGAUAUAAGAAAAUAUAUUAUUAAUUAAUAUUUAAUAAUAAAUUUUUUUCCAUAAUCCAAAUAAUCUACAUAUUACCUAGCCAAUAGGCAUUGAAAAAUAUUAAAAAUUAAUCGCGUACGAACGAACUCAAUAUGCACACAAUUCAACUAUUUGGUCCACUCCUGGCAGAAGCGCAUCUCAAAAUCGCCGCUUGUCAUGCAGUUGUCCCUUUUAAAAUUGGUCAGGGUUCAAUGACCGCACCCACUAGUCGCGCGAAUUUUGGUAUGCCAUGGAAGCGCUCGUCGUAUCGCCUUCCCGAAAGUGAGAUGCUCCGACUGUUACUGCUGCUGCUAAGGGGUGCUUAGGUAUUACUACAUUCGCUUAAAGAAUAUUUCGAUUUAAAUUUUUCACAGAGAUAUUUCCUUUUACUGAUCUUUUAUUUGACAUUUUACAGAAAUCAAAUGGUAUUGCAUUUUGUAUAAGACAAAUUGAUGACUUUAUUAAUACGAUAAUUAAAAAAACGAGAGCAGUUUAAAAAUAUUUGGGAUAAAACUGAACAUAUGGGGUUUGAACAUGAAAGAAAAAUAAUGAAGAUUGAUAAUUUCGGAGACAGAGAGACAGAGAAAACAGAGGAAAUAAAGAGACCUUUUGAUAAUAUUCUACAACAAAUGAAUUCUAGCUUUCAAAAUUUUAACGAUUUAAAAUUUGUAGAAUUAUAUAUAAUCUUAAUAUUUCUAAUUAUAAUUCACCAAAAUUCUCAGAGGAAUUUAUGUCAUUACGAUUAAAUAAUGAAAAUUUUUUGAUAUCCCAGCUUUGCAUUCUCAGUUAAGUAUCAUUUAUGAAACAACUGACAUGAAUGAUAAAGAAAUACCCAGAAAUCUGGGAUUUCUUUAUAACUACUGGUUUAAACAAGUCGCUGUGUGAAGUGGUCAAGUUGUGUGAAUUAGUACUACUAACUAUCCCAGCCACAAGUGCAUCAGUUGAACGAAGUUUUGCAGUAUUAAGAUGCAUUAAAAGUUUCAAAUUAAGAGUUUAAAAGAAAUUCAACAAGCGAAGACAGACUUUGAACGUUAGCCCUAUUAUCCAUUGAAAAAUACUGCAUUCAACAAUUAUCAGAAGUUGAUAGGAGAAUAGACCUCGAGUAUAAAUAAGUGUCAUUUUAGUGAAAGUUGUGUGUUGUGGAAAAUGCCUCGGAGUAUAAAUUUUUUUUAAAUAGAAUUCUUCUUUAGAAAACCAAGCCCGGCGCGAGGACUCAAGGCCCGAGCUAGCAAUACAGAUCAAUGAUAGGUCACUAGUCACUAGAAAUAGCGGGAAUAGAGUGCCUCGCGCAUUCACGCGUCACGGAUUUAGUGUGUGAGUCCUUGUACGCAGGACGUCUCACAUAAUUAAGUACUUUGCUGAUAGAGAGCCCCUGCGCAUCAGAGUGUUAUCAGGUGGAAAGUUGCUCGAGCCUUAAGAAAAUAUUUUUAUAUCCUUAUUGAAUCGCUUCCCCUUUCGAAAAAGUCACCGCACGCCACUGGUACAAUGAGAGGCGAUUCUGAACAGCAUAAGACCUUGCCAGGCGAGGGGAAAGAUUGGGUUUUUUCCUAAAAUUAUUUUUUUUUUCAUCGAAAAGUUUUGUUAGGUCUUUUGAAUCAUUCCAAACAGAAAAGGUCUGUAGUGACUUUUGUCUUAGGUUAAUAGUUUUUGACAUAUAAGUAAGCGAUUAAAAAUUGCGAAACCGGCCAUUUUUAACCCUGAAUCGGACAUCUAAUUGAAAAUUUCAAUGUUGCCAAGGUAGGUAGAUAUUCUUUAAACAUCUAUUGAUGAAAUCCCGAAGAGUUUUUUGCAAUACAUUAUCGAUAUAACCCUUUUGUUUUUUAAUUGCUAAUCAAACGGGCGCGACACUGUAGUAUAAGUGAGUAUGUUUGAGUUUGCAUAAAUUCAUUAUCUCGAGAAUGGGCACAUUUGAAGAUAAAUUCUCAGACAGGUCGAUUUUUAUUUUUAAAUUAGGACUUUUGGCAUAAAUAUAAUACUAAUGACGUCAUCCAUCUGGACGUGAUGACGUAAUCAAUGAUUUUUUAAUGGUAGUAGGGGUUGUGUGAUAGCUCAUUUGAAAGUUAUUUAAUUCUCUAUUCAGUAAUAUAAACGUUAACAUAAUUAUCUAUACAGGGUGUACAAAAAAAUUUUGAUUAAAUUUACACAAAAAGAAGAAACAUUUUUUCACACCCUGUAUAAAUAAUUAUGUUAACGUUUAUAUUGCUGAAUAGAGAAUUAAAUAACUUUCAAAUGAGCUAUCACAAGACCCCUACUCCCAUUCAAAAAAAUCGAGGAUGACGUCACUAGUAUUAUAUAUAUACAGGGUGUUUCAUUAAUAAUUGUCCAUAUAGUAACUGGAGAAACCUUAGCACAAAAUACGAAGAUUUAACCUAAAACACUUAAAUAAAAUGUGGUUCCUUACUGAGUUACAGGGUGUUUUAUCUAAAAAUUUAAAAACUAUUUUUGCUCAGCAUUUUAAAACUAUUUGACGUAUCCUUUUCAUACUUGGCAGGAAGUAUAGGUACUGUACAAGCUACUAAAUUAUGUUAAACAAACGUUUAUGGCUAUUACCAGAGACGUACGACUAGGAAAAGUGAAUGGUUGACCCUUUCCAAAUUCUACGCCACUGGCGAAAUAGCUAUUUUAGUUCAAUUUUUGGAUUUUUCACUACUUUCUAUGAAAAUAAUAUACUCUUCAUUCGUAACGAUAAAGUCAUCAGUUUUCGAGAUAUUUGAAGUUAAAAAUGAAACGACACGGUUAUUUUGAUCAUUGUAUUUGUGUCGCUUCAUUUUUAAUUUCAAAUAUCUCGAAAACUAAUCAUUUUAUCGUUACGAAUGAAGAGUAUAUUAUUUACAUAAAAACUAUUGCAAAAUCAAAAAAUUACACUAAAAUAACAAUUUCUUCAGUGGCGUAGGAUUUGGGAAGGGUCAACCAGCCAUUAUCCCCUGUCGUACACCUGUGGUAGUAGCUAGAAACGUUUAUUUAUCUUAAUUUAGUAGGGUGUGUACCUACACUUUCUGCCAAGUAUGAUAAGGAUACGCCAAAUAGUUUUAAAGUACUGGGUACAAAUAAUUUUUAAAUUUUAAUCAUAUGAAUCAUAUUACAGUCAAACCCGCUUAUUAGAAUACCUCUUAAAGGAAUAUCCCGGUUUAAGGAAUAGAAAUUUGCGGCCCCGAAACGUUUCUACUAGCGACCAGUGAUCGGUUAUUAGAAUAUCCCGGUUAUAGGAAUAUUUUCGAUUGGCACGAAGGCUGUUCCAAUAAGCGGGUUCGACUGUAUAAUAAAUUAAUCAAAAUGACUGUGCCGUUUCAUAUUUAACUUCAAAUAUCUCGAAAACUAAUGACUUUAUCGUUGCCAAUGAAGAGUAUAUUAUUUACGUAGAAAGUAUUGUAGAAUCUAAAAAUGGCACUAAAAUAGUAAUUCCUCCAGUGGCGUAGAAUUUGAGAAGGGUCAACUAUUCACCAUCCCCUGUCGUACGCCUCUGGUAGUAGCUAGAAACGUUUGUUUAUCAUAAUUUAGAGUGUCUAGUAGUCGCACUUUCUGCCAAGUACGAAAAGGAUUCGUCGAAUAGUUUUAAAAUGCUGAGCAAAAAUAGUUUUUAAAUUUUUAGAUAAAACACCCUGUAACUCAGUAAGGAACCACAUUUUAUUUAAGUGUUUUAGGUUAAAUCUUCUUAUUUUGUGAUAAGGUUUCUCCAGCUACUAUAUAGACAAUUAUUAAUGAAACACCCUGUAUAUAUGCCAAAAAGUCCUAAUUUAAAAAUAACAAUGGACCAGUCUGAGGAAUUCUCUUCAAAUUUGCCCAUUCUCAAGAUAAUGAAUUUAUGCAAACACAAACGUCCUCACUUAUACUACAGUGUCACGCCCGCUUGAUUAGCAAUUAAAAACCAAAGGGGUUUUCGCUAUUGCAUUGCAAAAAAACUCUUCGGGAUUUCAUCAAUCGAUGUUUAAAGAAUAUCUACCUACCUUGGCAACAUUGAAAUUUUCAGUUAAAUAUCCGAUUCAGGGUUAAAAAUGGCCGAUUUCGCAAUUUUUAAAUUUUUAAUCGCUUAUGUGUCAAAAACUAUUAAUCUAAGAGAAAAGUCACUAAAGACCUUUUCUGUUUGGAAUUAUUCAAAAAACCUAAAAAAAACUUUGUUCGAUGAAAAAAAAUAAUUUUAGGAAAAAACUCUAAACUUUAGAGGAGAAAGUUUAUUUUACCCCCUAAACUAUGCACUUUUCGAUUCACCUGGUAGAGACACGUGCAGGGCUGAUGCCUGCCAGGUUAUGAUUUUUAUCCUUGGUGUGCUAUGAAUUAUCACUAUACAAAUUUCUAGCCUUACACAAAGACCGUUACUCGGAGGGUUCACUAGCUCAUAGACUAUUUGCUAUUGUAUAGAGCUCGAAUUUGAUUGUGUAUAUUUAUUGAUUUUAAUGUAAUUGGCUUUAACAAUAAUACUACAUAUAAAGAAGUAUAUACUAUAUUCAUUUAUUUAUGAACAAUUAUACAACUGCGCUGUUAUAUUCAAUUUAUAUUUUUAUUAAUUACAUAUCAGUA